UUUCUCCCAAAACUGACCAAACUCCAGACUUUACUGAUCAACGGUGAAGAUUUCCUCUACAACAUCCCCACAUCAUACAAGAAAGAAUUCAUCGAACAUUUUCAUUCCCACCGCAAGAGGAGAAGCGUUGGGGAUGACAACGCUCUAGUAUUCCACCUCCCACCACAACUGUCCCGGAUAGAAAUGGUUAACGCUGAGUUGCAGUACCGUCUGUCACGGCUGACGAUAGACAGCAACAACUCCCUGACAGACCUUGUGUUGGACAGAAACUUUUUGCCUGAGCUGCAAGGUCCGUUCAUCGGCUUCAAUCAUUUGACCACCCUCAGUAUCUAUUCGAGCUAUGUUAGUUCCCUGGAGUGGACGUUUUUCUCCAAUUUCCCGCGUUUGGAGAAUCUUAACCUCGGCACAAACCUACUUGGGGAUUUUUUAAACACUCUUGACGAUCCUGUUUUCGCUAAUUUGACAAAUCUGAAAAAGUUAGAUCUUUCUAUUAACAACAUUCAAAAUUUAAGUUAUGGUUUAUUUAUCGGUCUCAACAAUCUUACUAUUCUAGAUCUGUCAAACAAUCGUCUUUCGGAAUUUAAUGUAAAAAUCAGUGGGAUGAAAAACUUGAGACUGUUAAAUCUGAGUCACAAUUCGAUCUCGUCACUUCCUGAUGACGUGAUGGAAAGCAUUGAUUGGCUGAUUGACCACCAGAUACCUGUUGAGGUGGAGCUGAACAACUGCCCUAUUCUUUGCACGUGUCAAAACUUGAAAUUCCUAACCUGGAUGGUCAAGUCUCCAGCAUUUAAGUCGUUCAAGAACUAUAUCUGUGCUCACGACGACGUGUACGUACGCUUGACCAACGGCUACAACAAAACCGUGGAGCUGCUGAACAAAGAAUGCGCAUCCAACGAGAAGCUCUUCCUGUUUGUUGUUGCCGCCACGCUGCUCGUGCUGUUUGCUAUCGUCGGUCUCAUGAUCUUCCGCUUCCGGUGGAGCCUGCGGUACCUGUACCACGCGGCGAUGCUGAACUUCCAUAGACGACACGAGACAAAAGGCAACCAAUUUGACUAUGACGUUUUUAUCUCCUACGCCAACCCGGAUGAACUUUUCGUCCUAGAGGUUGUCGAGCCGGAGCUAGUCAAAAGAGGGGUCAAAGUUCACAUCCACGGGCGCAACUUUGUGGCGGGAAACUUUAUCGCCUCCAACAUCGUGAGCGCCGUCAGCAUGUGCCGUAGGACCUUGGUCAUCCUGACCGGGAACUUCUGCAAGGGUCACUGGUGUAAAUACGAGGUCCAGAUGGCUAACAUGGAGUCGGUCCACGACGGACGUCCGGUGCUGAUUUUCCUGGUCAAAGAGAACAUGGCGGCCAAGAACCUGGGUGAGCUCAUGUCCUUCCUCCGCUGCAACACUUACGUCCCCUACCCGCAGGGGGAGCAACUCUCGGAGCGGGAGAUGAAGGCCAUGUGGGACAAACUGGCACAGGACCUACGCUAGCUGUCGGACCUCAGCGAGGACAUUUAUAUCUAUAUUGUCUCAUGGAACUGAUACGCUGGCUGAUAGUUUGGAGCAUUCAGGUCUAGAUCGUC